GUCGAUCUGCUGUUUUCGCCGAGCAGUUAGUGAUGUGCAAAAUUUUAUAACAAAUCACGAGUUUCUAACUGACUGCGUUUUUUCUGAUUUGCCACGAACGUAGUGCUUUGAACGCAUCAAAACAAAACGUAAUGAACGAGAACAUUCACGUAGAACAACCCCGUAAAUAGAGUCACCUUAGGUUCCCACUAACACAAACAAACGACACCGUUCCUCAAACCCCAAAAACAAAACUAACCGCAUGCCUAUUUCUCUAUUUGUGCCGCCCGCCACCGACGUUUAGGAGAUCGAGCCCGGCACGAUGGCGAGCGGGAAAAGAUCUCGCGGACGCCGCCCCGCCACCCAUAGGACGGCGGCGGCGGCGGCGGUGGUGCCGUCGCAGGCGUCGGGCGGUCCGCCGUCCCGCACCAAGUCGGCGGACGAACUGGCGGCGAUGACCAAGGAGCAGCUGAAGGCGGAGUGCCGCCGCCGCGGCCAGAAGAGCACCGGCACGAAGGUCGAGCUGCUUCAAAGACUGGGCCACAAGAUGACGGGAGGCGGCCGCAGGAAGGACGCCAAUGUCGCGACGUCGAACGGCAAUGAGGCGAUCGGCAACGACAACACAUCGGCCGCCACCGACCGACUGUCCUCCAGAGAGAAGGAGGCGAGACAGCGGGAACGGGAAGAACGGGCGGGCAUCGUGCUGUGGCGGCGGCCGCUCCUCACCCUCGAGCUGUCGUUCAAGGAGACGCUGGUGUUGAGCCAGACCUUCGGCAGAAAGAUUUUAGACAACAAACUGCUGGUGGCGGUUAGCCUGAUCUCAGUAUUAUCUACCUACGUGUUGCUGAACACGAAGGGCCCGCACCACGACCUGGUACAGAACGUCUACGGUCAGGUGUUGUGGUGUUUGUACUGGACGGGGCUGGGGAUCCUGUCGUCGGUCGGUCUGGGGACCGGACUGCACACCUUCCUGCUGUACCUGGGGCCGCACAUUGCCCGCGUCACGCUCGCCGCCUACGAGUGCGGCGGCACCAACUUUCCCGAGCCACCGUAUCCAGACGAAAUUAUCUGUCCGUCCACUUCUGACGGGGUCGCCGUCAGCAUCUGGAGCAUAAUGUCCAAGGUUCGACUGGAGGCCAUGUGCUGGGGCGCCGGUACCGCCCUAGGUGAACUACCUCCAUACUUCAUGGCCAAAGCUGCAAGACUCUCGGGCAUCGACCCGGACGACGAGGACGAAGAACUGCAGGAGUUCGAGGAGCUGCAGAAGAAGCAACAAAACAAAGACGAGCUGACGCUGAUCGAAAGGGGGAAGGUGUUCGUUGAGGAGCUGGUGCAGAAGGUCGGAUUCCUGGGCAUCCUCGCCUGCGCCAGCAUACCCAACCCGCUGUUCGACCUGGCGGGAAUAACGUGCGGCCAUUUCCUAGUGCCUUUCUGGACGUUCUUCGGCGCCACGCUCAUCGGCAAGGCGGUGAUCAAAAUGCACAUACAAAAACUGUUUGUAAUAGUGGCGUUCAACGAGAGUUUGCUGAACAAGGCGCUGGAGCUGGUCAAUCUGGUGCCGGUGCUCGGUGCCAGGCUGCAAGUGCCAUUCAGAUCGUUUUUAGAUAAUCAAAAGAACAAACUGCAUAAAAACGAGGGUGCCAAGGUGGCCGAGGGCGGCAACUUGCUGGCCACCGUGUUCGAGUGUUUCGUGUUUGCCAUGAUAUUGUAUUUUGUGGUGUCGAUUGUGAAUUCGCUCGCACAGAGCUAUCACAAGCGGCUGCACAAAAAGAAAAGCAGCAAAGUGAGCAAGGAUUAAUUAUGUCUUGUCGAUCGGGGGUCGGACGGUAUUAUGUGGUAUGUUAAGUGUAUGGUUUAACAUUGUAAAUUUAUUUAGUGUGCAUUUUCUGUAAUUGUGAGUGGAUAGUUUGUUUAUAUGUAUACAUAUUUUUUGUUGUAAAUCUUGUAAACCUUAGGUCCGCCCUCGGUUUUAACUCUAGGGAAUUUUAUUUUUGUUUUUUAUUGUAUAAUUUUGUUUUUUUUUUUGUACAUAUUAGUUUUAAAUGUUGUUGAAAACAUCAUUCCUAUUAAAUUAGAUAUCGUAAA